AUGGCUGCUGUUUCUACCAGAUUCGCUCCUCUACCACUGACCCAGCCUCAAUCCUCUUGCAGGUCACAGGCUUCGCUCAACAUUGAAACUUCCAAAAUUUAUACCUUGAACAACUUCAUUGAUGACGUAAAAACCCAUCUUGGAGAGUCCGGCGGUAUAGGAUGUGAAGAUGUCGAUGAAGAUUAUAUCAUCUCGCUGGCAAAGAAGUACAUCUCGAAUCCAAACGACUGGGCACGAUACUACCACAACUGCCCUGGCAAAAAUUACACACGCAACGCGAUUAUCAAUAUUAACAAGAAAGCUAAUAUUCUAUUAUUGGUGUGGAAUCCGGGCAAGGGGUCACCAAUUCAUGAUCAUGCCAACGCGCACUGUAUUAUGAAGGUGCUGGCUGGCGAAUUGACCGAAACUGUCUAUGAUAUGCCAGAAACAGACCGUGAGAGCCAACCUCUAUCGAUCAAGAGCGAUACGACACAUCAAGCCGACCAAGUCACGUAUAUCUCUGACACCAUUGGCUUGCAUCGCGUGCACAACCCCCAUCCCACCAACGUGGCUGUUUCUCUUCACAUCUAUACGCCACCCAAUGCCGCCGACAUUGGCUACAACAUCUUUGAUGAGUCGACAGGCCGAGCGAGCUUCGUUCCCAAAGCUCAAGCACACUAA